AUGGAGGAAAUUAAUGUUUUUUUGAAGUUUUUUGAGAAAGGUUCUGUGAAUCUACAAAAAUUUAGACAUGAAAGUGAUAACAUGAAAAAAAUACUUUUUUCUAUUUUCAAAGCAAUCAUUAAAGAUUUAGAUAGAAGAACAGUGGUAGAUGACUUGAUAAAAAAAUUUGAAAUUGAUAACUCUUCACUCUGGAACUCGUUCGAAUUAAUUCUUAAGCCAGAACUGAAAAAACUUAGCUUGAAAGUUGAAAAUAUUACCAAACAAAAUGUUGAUUUUGAACUUUGUAACUUGAAUAGUAAUUCUUGCUUCAAUAAAACUUUAAACCAAGCUUUUCCAACUGAGAGUAAUGAAGAAGAAUUUAUUAAGAAAAAUUCAGAAAAAUAUAUAAAUGAAAUAGAAAGUUGUGAGAAAUUUUUAGUUAAUGAUCAUUCUUCAAUUCAAGACAACGAAAAUGUUGAUUUUUUCGAUUACGAUGAAAUGGCCAAAUUUGUUGAUCAAGGAGUUAAAAAUCCAAAUUUUGAUUACAAUGAAAGCGAUAUUUCUGACUUCAGCGAUUUCAGUGCAGUUGAUGACGCUUCUAAAUUAAAAUAUGACGAUUUUUUUCUUAAAAAGAGUGAUAAAUCUGUCUUAGAAACUUCCCCAGAGGACUACGAAUUUGAUCAUUUCAGUUUAUCUGAAACCGGAACUAUCUCGGAUAAAAAUGAAGUCAAUGAAAACUCUAUAAAAAAUGUCCAAUAUUCUGACCCAAAGUUAGAAAAUAUAUCUAAAUUGAGUCAAGAAAAAAACAAAAUUGAUGCAAUAAUAGAUGAGUUGGAAGCAAAUAUUAUUAAAGAAAAAGAAUGGUAUAAGUUAGGUGAAAGUUCAAUCACAGACAGAGAAAAAAAUAGUUUGUUAAACAUUCAUUUAGAGGUACCUCAGUUUUCGAGUACUAAUAAUUCAAUCACACGCAUUGAUGAAUUGAAUGAGAGUAAUAUUUUAAGUGAAAAACCCAGUAAAGAAGAAAUUAAUCCAUAUUUGGAGAACAUCAUUAGACAGAGAAUAUUAAAUAAUUUGUUUGAUGAUGUUGAACCGAAAAUUGAAUUACUAAGGACACUUGAUGUCGAAAAUAAAAAUGAAGGUGGAGAUAUACAGGUUGAGAAGUCUAAAUUAAGCUUAGCGGAGAUUUACUCAAAAAAAUAUGAAGAACAAAUUAUUGGUAAUAUAAAUGAAGAAUACUCUGAUGAAAAAAAACAACUUUCGGACCUUUUUACUGAAAUAAUGUGUAAAUUAGAUAACCUUUCAAAUCAAUAUUAUGCUACCAAUUUACCAAUUCUUAAAAGUAUUAUUUCGAAUGAAAAUGCUCCUGCACUUAAGACUGAAGAUGCAAUUCCGGUAAUUAUUUCAGAUAAUACAAGGCUGGCCCCACAAGAAUUAAAGUCUAAAGGAAAACUUUUGGUAAGAUCUGAAAUGACACGUUCAGAAAAGAAAUCUGAUCGAAAUUCCAUUAAGAGGAAAUUAAGAAAAAGAAACGAAUCAGUCUCAGGUUCAAAAAAAGAAUAUACGAAAUUAAAAGACAAUAUCAAGGAUGAGUCACUUUUUAAAAAAGAAAAAUUGAAGAAUAAAUCCAAUAAACAUGAAUCAUUGAACAAACGAUUUAAAUCUCAUCAUUUUAUUUCAUGA